AUGAGUGUUCUGACUGUCACCAAUUUCCACGCAGUGCCAGAUCGUAUGUUUGCUGUGUCGGAAGGACCUCUCAGUCGUCCACCAACCAAAGCAUUGCCUCAGCCGCCGGUGGAAUUACCAGCAAACCACGAAUACACUCGAUCGGUUGCGCAAGUCGUCCCGCUAGCCACGACAAACACACAUCGUCAUUCCCGCACUGUCUCAUCGUCUACCUUGCCUGUCAAUCCAUUCGCUUCUGCCACCAAGCUCGACUUCCACAAAAGACAUUCUUACGUGCCUCCAACCUCCACUUCGUCCACCUCUCCACGACCUGUGCAUUCCUCAUCAACCACAUCUCCGCGACCUUCACCGAAAUCGUCCGCGGUGAUGCAACGGCAAGGCACAACAGGCUCAACUACGAGCAAAGCGACGGUGUGGUGCGAUCGUGCGCAAGCCACAGAUCCUAGACUUGCUGCGCAACAAAAAGCUGCGAAGCAGAGGGCGGUCUUGGAAGUGGUAGGCAAUCAGCAACGAACAAGUACAAUAAGCUCCGGUGGUAUGGUCGGCAAGAUACGGCACGGUGGUGUCGCCAAAGCACCACAGUAUACUGCGCCAAAUACGAUAGGUGCAGGCGUACCGACAAGAUUGUUAGCUUUCGAUAUGCAAGGUGAGGAAGAGCAAGAGGGAAGAGUUCUAGGCGAUAAUUCCAUGGUUCACGCACGAACAGGCAGUGGCAAGAGCAGUAUCAACAGCAAAUACCGCAGUGGCUAUCCCAGAGCAGGAGUCAGUCCACCAGAUGGUGGUUCACCCGCGCACGAAGGAAUACCCGAAGCUGGUGAGACGCCCGUGGCAGAUGUACCGCAACAAAACUACUUCGAGCCUACACAGAAACAGCUGGAUCGUUCAGACAGCGAAGAAUCGUUUGGUGAGCUAAAGGAAAUGACCGGGCCAAAUUCGAAACAGCAUGCAAUGGAUCAGAAAGCGCAAGACGACCUGAUACGAAGAGGCAGUGUGGAUGAGAGGACAUCUACCAUGACGAGGCAGAGAUUGUUUAUUACGAAUCCAGAUUCCGAUUGA